UCCAGUCCGAAUUUAAUUUCCAAAAUCCCCCACUUUCCAAUUUGAUUAUCAUCUUUCGACUUCUUCAUCUUCCUCCCAAAACUAACCCAUUCAGAUGAAAAACAACUUCCUACUACUACCACUACUACUACUACUCACUCAGCAAACCAACCAACAACAACAACAACAAAACAAACAACCCACACUCAACUCAUUCAACCAACUACUCAACCAACAGUCAAAAACAUGCCCAGCAACAACAAACACCAUCACCACCACCACCACCACCACCACUGCCAAUAACAACCAAAAACCAAAACUAUUGUCAUUCUCAGACUGGAAACAACAACAACAUCAUCAGCAGCAGCAGCCAGUCGACGAAAACAAAAACAUCAGCCAACCAACACCAUCCACCUGGUCCUCCACACUCUCACAAUCACUCUCACAAACGAGCAAACGAGCAACCGACUACCUCAAAACAACAAACUCAGCCGACUCACUACUACCCAUCUGCCAGCCAGAACACACUCCACUCAAAACAAACCUAUCCGAACCCCACCAAGACAAACAACAUUCAAUCAAACUCAACCAACAACACCCACCCAUCCUAUACCAACCAGACCCAAACACAGGCACCGGCACCCCUGAUGACCCACUCAAGAUACUCUCGACUAGGACCAACUACGCCUCAUUCGACUGCUCAGCCUCCAUCCAUCGAUCCUCAAAACACACCAAAUCCCCCUCCUCGAUCCUCAACGAGAAGAAAGAUAAAUACCUACUCACUCCCUGUACCAAUCACAAAUCCAAACAACAUAACAACUUCGUCGUCUUCGAACUCUGCGACGAAAUCGAAAUCGAUCAUGUCGUCCUCGCCAACUUCGAGUUCUUCAGCUCGAUGUUCAAACUCAUCAAGAUGUCCGUAAGCAAUAGUGGGCUCGAAGGCGUCGGACGAGCCGAAUGGGUCGACGUUGGAUUCCUCAAGACUCAUAACACUCGGGGCUUCCAAGUCUUCCCAAUCAAACAUCUCAAAGGUUUCUAUCGCUACGUUCGACUCGAUUUCUUAACCCACUAUGGAUCCGAAUACUACUGUCCACUCUCACUCGUCCGGAUCUAUGGUCUCACCCAAAUCGAUGCCUAUCGACGUGACGAGAAACUCGAACAAAGAAAUAAGGUCGACGAAUCCGUCAUCCAGGCACAAGAACAAGACCAAGAAGAAUCAGUUCAAGAAGAAGAACAACAACAACAACAAUUAGUACCAAACUCAGAAGAACAACUUCCCUUAUCACAACAACCUGAGCUCCCAAUCCAGACGGAUAACAAAUCUACUACGGCAACUUCUGAUGAUCCCGCAGACGACCACCCCUCAGCUGACUCAAACAUACCGUCUCCAGCAGUCCAAGAACGAUCAAAUGAAGCAUUCAAGUCCAACGAAGAAGAAAAGGAUCUCAAUCAGAAUCAUAUUGAGAAACAGCAGGAUCAGUCUGAUAGCCCAGAAGCAACAACAACACCAGACUUGGUGGUCCAACUUCCAGAAACAGUUCAACCAGAACCGACUACUAACCAGGAAUCGCCGCCUUCUGCUCAUGAUUCUCAAUCCACAUCCACUCAACCUGUUUUACCCUCACCAUCUUCUGAACCCGACAUUCUCCCCGCUCCAAGCGACCCCCCUCAACCGCAGGAUGAUUACUCACUGGCCACCGACACUGAAAAAGUACCUCUUCCCCCACCAGCGCAGUCAUCCGACUCACAAGAACACAACCCGACGACCGAGUCUAACAAUCAUAACCCAUACGAAACGACGACGAGCGAGUCAAUUCCUAAUCCACCCGCCUCAUCAGCAGGACGAGGAGGAGAAGCGAAGAAACAAACCCUGACAGGCCACGAUCCCACUCAUCCAACCAAACCCAUCAUCAGCUCUUCUAAAUCUACGCAAGCUGAGAAACCAACUCCUCCUCUUCAUCAUAACCCUCCUGCUCCUGGGAAUCCUACCGGACAUGGAUCGGAAUCGAUCUUCGGUCAGAUCAUGAAACGUCUCAAUGCUCUCGAAUCUAAUCAUCUCCUCCUCCUUAAAUAUACCGAGGAUCAGGUGCUCGGUCUUGGCGAUUCUUCGCUCAAAGUUCAGUCUCAUCUCGACGAACUUGAGAAGAUCUUAAAGUUGCAAACCAAGACGCAUGAAGAGAGUGUUGAAGAGAUCCAAGGGAUCAAGAACCAGAUGACGGUAGAACGGAACUUUCUGAACCAUCGGAUCGAGAGUUUGGACUCCUCGAUCACGUUUAUCAAGCGGAUCGGGCUGGUCCAAUUCCUGAGCAUCAUUGCGAUCCUGAUCUUCCUCAGCAUGACGCGAAUCCAACAUGGAAGCAGUCCAACGAAUGGGAGAAUGACACGGGAAGAGCGGCGAGGAGGUGGUAGCCAUCCAUGGACGAGCCAUCCGAUCCGCCGUCUCUCUUCUUCUCCGCGUCUGCUUUCUGAGCAUCCUAGUUUACGCCACCAACGGACGCCGGGGGGAGCGAAAAAGCUGAUUGUGGGGUCUCGAAGAGAGUCGACUUCUUCGGCGACGACGGCGGCCAAGAACGAGCUCUUCCUCGUCUCCUCCCUCCAUCGCAAGCUCGCCCACCACUCUUCACCCCGACUUCCGUCGCUCAAACUCGGCUUGAGGAGGCCGGACUCGCCCCUCAGACGGGCCGCAUCCCUCUCCCAUCAUCAUCAUCAGAAACAACUCAGCGAGAGUCUCAAUGGGCCGGCGUAUCCGCGCACCAGACGUGCGCGGGUACUCGAGCAGCGAGAAGAUCAGAAAGACGAGCUUGGUGGGCCCGACCAGGCGGUCUCGUCGAUCGACGAUGAUUGGGUCAAGGAUGAUGAUGGCGAGGAGCAGUUCCCACUCGAGCGUCCGACGCUCCCCAAGGCCCACCAUCUCGACCACCAUCUUGCACCAAGAAGAGAUGCUGAUGAUCGUCCUUUGGAGCAAGCAGCAACAGCAGCAGCGAAGGAGAUCGAGCCCAGUUCGGGCCCGUCGGAAGAAGCUCGACCUUGUGCCUUCACUCUCCCUACUCCUCCUCCUUCCUCGCCCCCCUCCUCUCCCUCCCCUCCUCCACAUCUUCAGCCUCUCCCCCCGCUUCCACUGCUCGACCAUUCUUCCUCUCUUCUUCCCACCGUCCCUCUCCUCCCUCCUAGCUACAGAUCCUCCAUCCGUCAUCCGCUCCCUGCUUCUCAGGCCAACUCUUCGGCUGAGCCCUCGAUACUCGAAAAGUCCGUCGAAAAGCCCGUCACAGCCCAUCUUGGACAGUGAUCCUCUCUUCUUCAUCCCCCCUAACACUUUACCUCUCUCUCUUUCUCUCUCUCUGAUGUAUAUAUAUAUAUGUAUAUCGUUCGUUCCUAGGGAACACCAAACAUACCCUCCCUCCCCUCCCUCCCUUUUUUUUUAAUUUGUUCAUCCAUAGACUUCUUUAACUCCUUCUUCUCUCUCUUGUGGGUCUCCUUUUAUUUGAUGUCCUUUCUUUCUUUCUUUGGGGGGGGGGGGAAUAGGGCGGGGUUGGGUUUCUUUUGGGGAGUGGGGGGUAGGCGUUGCAAUCGUCAAGUAUUGAUCAUGGUCUUCUUUGUGUAGUGUCGAAGUAUAUAGUAUAGUAUAGUGUCGAAAGUAUAUAUUUAGGUGUUAGUUUAUGGUUUGGUUCAAGUAUGCGCUCUGGUCUGUCCAUCCAAUCCAGUUUCUUUGCUUUGCUUUGUUUUGCUUUGUGUUGCUGUUCUUGUUGCUCUGUUCUCCCGCUUUGGGUUUGGGUUUUGGGGUUCUGAAGCCGGGUACAUAGAAUGCGGAACUCCUUGAUAGAUUCAAGUCGUCAUUAUCUCAUUCAUCCAGGAGACCCCCACACCUGGGUUUCCCA